AUGAAGCUGGUCGGGCCUUACCUACUGAAGAAGGAAUCGCACUGCACGACCGUCCUGGACCAGCUGCUCAGGGAUGACACCUACACGGAUGUCACGCUCACUGCUGAAGGCCAGAGCUUGAGGGCCCACCGGAUCGUCCUGUGUUUGGCGAGUCCCUAUUUCCGCCAAGUCCUGAGUCGCGAAAUGAACGUGCAAAGCGUGGUGUUGCUUCGAGACGUAAAGUUUGCCGAACUUAGAAAUAUAAUUAAUUUCAUCUACACAGGCGAGGCCACCGUGGACGCCACAGAGCUGGAAUCCUUCAUGCGGACGGCCGAGAUGCUGGAGAUCUCAUCGUUGUGCGAAGGCCAGAAGUGCAUCGCCAGCCGCGGGUCCCAGGCGCAAGGGGGAGGAGGAGGAGGGUCUUCGAGCUCGGGUUUUACCAUCGCCGACUUCGAGAAGCUGGUCGGAGCCAAAAGGACGCGGAGGGGGUCCUCUUCGCCGACGCCGUGCAAGUCCAUUAGGCUUUCAGGCGAAGACCAGUCCUCGCGCUGCUCCUCGGCCGAGCCCUCCGCCAACCCGCUGGCGCUCAUCAAGGAGGAGCCUCUCGACAGCGCCGCGCCGCCGACGGGGGAGCCGGCCGACGAGGCGUCCAAGACCCGAGACGCGGAGCCCGACGGGGCGGACGGCGGCGGGCGGGAGAGGAGGGAGUCGUCGGGAUCGAUCGGGGGCUUCGCGUCCAUCGCCGGCCUGCAGAAGGAGGCGCCGGGCGGCGAGGGCGGCGAGGGGGGCGAGGGGGGCGCGCCGGAAAUCUUCAUCGCUACGGCGGAGUCCUCGCUGCAGGCGGAGGAGGCGGAGGGCGCGGCGGCGGGCAACGGGCCGGGGAGAUGCCCAUACUGUCCUCACUUAACACAGAAAUUUGAGGGCGUUCCCAUGAUGCGGCAUCUCCUGGUGUCUCACCCUUGCAAGCCGGCCUUCCCCUGCGACUCCUGCUGGAGAGUUUUCGUCAAGAGAGCCAGCUUCAAGAGCCACCAGCAGAAAUGCCAAGCCCAGUCGUUUUAAAGAGCGAAGUGUAUACGCCUACGUGUCUGUGCUUAUGUAGACGUGUAUGUGUGUCAGCAUCUACCUGCGAGUGUGUAUGCUGGUGUGCGUUGUUUGUGAGUGCGUUGAUAGGUCGGCUUAUGAAGGAAGGUACUCGUUUAUAUGCCUCAGCUAUUUUUUCUAUGUAUUUGCUUCCACCACACACGCAGGCAUGCAUGUAUAAUUGUAUAUAUGGAUUAGAGAUAGGUAGAUAGGCACACACACACAUGCAGAGAGAGAGAGAGAGAGAGAGAGAGAGAGAGAGAGAGAGAGAGAGAGAGAGAGAGAGAGAGAGAGAGAGAGAGAGAGAGAGAGAGAGAGAGAGAACCCAGUCACAAAUUGCCAAACGUUUCUGAGAACGAGGAAGGCCUCUUCAUUACAUAAUCAUUCAAAUUACUGGAUAUACCUCUCCCACAGAAGGGUUCUCAAAUACACUGUGAAACUUACAUUACAAAAUGAUCUCAGUGAACCGGUUAAUAUGACCAUAGGAUGAGGAUAUAUUUAACUGCUUUCAUCUGUACUUUGUGUUCCUGUCUUCCAAUAACAAGGUUGGACGAUUUAACUGUAUUCUGAAUCUGAGAAUGUUCAUUUACUAAAUAAAUCUGGAAAUUUCGAAAGAUUUGAGUAUGUGUAGUAGGAUAUAUAUGUUUAUAUAUGUGUAUCGCAAUUAUUUAGAAUAUAUUAUGUAAGUCGAUAUGUCUCCAGAACAGUUAUUCCAGCGUUCGGAAUAGCACUUCCUUAGUUAUUCUUCCAGAGACUAUUUACAUGUGAAAUCCAGACAUGAGUCACGUAUUUAGUUCAGAGCUGAAGUCUAGAGGAUGUAUACGUGUGAUAAAAUAUGAAUGGGGAAGAGUCAUAUUAUGCUGAGUUUGUUUAUAUGUAAAAUGUUACAUAAGCACAAGAUUUUUUUUGUUAUGUUCUUGCAGUGCUACUAACUGGAUUUUCGUAGUGCAGUAAGAUUGUAUGCAUGUGUAAUCAUGUCAUUGUGAAGUUUAGAUAAAUAAAUGCCAUAUAAAAACAUGCUUUGGUAA